CAUUUAGUAACUGAUCGAACAACGAAAUGAACAACGUUCAAUCCGCGAUAGUCGUCGGCCUCCUGCUGCUGGGCAUCUGCGCCGCAGAUGCAGAGCUGGAAGGGCGCAUUGUGGGCGGCGUGGAUACCUCCAACUACUUUGCCAAAUAUGUGGUACAGCUGCGCAGACGCAGCUCCACCAACAGCGCCUAUGCGCAGACCUGCGGCGGAAGCGUUCUGGACAGCCGCACAAUUGUCACCGCUGCCCAUUGCGUGUACAACCGGCAGGCGGCGGACUUCCUGGUGGUGGCUGGCACCGAGAACCGGGCUGGAAUGGACGGCAUUGUGGUGCGCGUGGAGCAACUGAUUCCUCACGAGAACUACAAUGCCACCACAACGGAUAAUGACAUUGCGCUGGUGAUCGUCUCUCCGCCGCUGCCCCUGUCGGAUGCCAGCAGGACUGGAGCCAUUGUAGCGGCCACAGAGCCGCCGCCAGUGGGCGCAGUGGCCAGUGUCAGUGGCUGGGGCUACACCCAGGAGGGUGGCCUGUCCUCCAACAAGCUGCAGCAGGUGCAGGUGCCGCUCGUGGACAGCGUCCAGUGCCAGAAAACCUACUACUGGCGACCCAUCAGCGAGGCCAUGCUCUGCGCGGGACUGCCGGAAGGUGGCAAGGAUGCUUGCCAGGGGGACUCGGGUGGGCCGCUGGUCGUCAACAAUCAGCUCGUAGGCAUCGUGUCCUGGGGCGAGGGCUGUGCCCGACCCAACACUCCCGGUGUCUAUGCGAAUGUGGCCCACUUCACGGACUGGAUCGAUAAGCAGCGGGCAACGUAUGCAGAGGAAAACAUUUUAACCGCGCUGCUUGAUAAGCCUUACAAUUGUGGACACCGCAGCUGGGACUUUCAGUCCUCGAUUCUCCGCCGACCAUCGAACAUGUCGCGUUCACUGCUCCUCACCCUUUGUGCUCUGCUCUGCCUGGUGGCAGUGGCCAGGUGUUUGCCCUUGCAGGAGGACGAGGAGAGCAGCCAGGGACCACGCAUUGUGGGUGGCUACGUGACGGAUGUGGCCCAGUGCCCCUACCAGAUCUCGCUGCGCUUCAAGGGGAUUACGACGCCGCAGAAUCCCUACCGCCACAGAUGCGGCGGCUCCGUCAUCCGCAAUAAUUUGAUCGUGACUGCGGCACACUGCGUCAUUGGCACGGUCGCGAGUCAGUUCAAGGUGGUGGCUGGAACUAACCUGCUCAGCGGCACAGACGGCGUCAUCGUCUCCGUCUCGAAGAUCAUCAUGCACGAGGAGUACUUCUCUGGGGCUGCCUACAACAACGACAUUGCCCUGCUGGUCGUGGAUCCGCCGCUGCCGCUCAACAACUUCACCAUCAAGGCCAUCGAUCUGGCCUCGGAGCCUCCGCUCGCCGGUGCCAUCAGCAAGAUCAGCGGCUGGGGAACCACUGCCUCCGGCGGCAGUGCCUCCAACGUUCUGCUCGCCGUCGAUGUGCCGAUCGUGAGCAACGAGAUCUGCAACCAGGACUACGAGAACUUCGGCGAUGCCACCUACCAGAUCACACCCGCCAUGCUGUGCGCCGGCGUACGUGGAGUGGGUGGCAAGGAUGCUUGCCAGGGCGACUCUGGUGGUCCGCUGGUCGUACGCGAUCAGCUCCAUGGCGUCGUCUCCUGGGGCAAUGCCUGUGCCCUGGCCGAUUAUCCCGGUGUCUAUGCCAAUGUGUCGAAUCUGAGGCCGUGGCUUGAUGAGAAGAUUGCGGAAGAAUCGCAGCUCUUUCAAUUCGAGCCAGCGGUACGUGCAAAUCGACCGACAGUCCAUACACCCAGCGGUACAAUGUGCAGCCGACAGCUUCAGAUGAUGAUGGGACCGAUCCUGCUCCUCCUGCUGGCAGCGGGCUCCUCCUUCGCCUCGGACUUCGCACAGCCGGAAGCGCGAAUAAUCAAUGGCACCACAGUGGAUAUUGGUCGUCAUCCGUACCUGGUCUCCCUACGGUAUCGUCGCAGCAACGCGUCCAGCUACAUGCACGAGUGUGGAGCAGUGAUCUACUCGGAGCAGGCCGUGGUCACCACUGCCCAGUGCUUGUGGAACCUGCCGGAGGGCAUCAAGGUGCUGGCCGUGGCCGCCGCAAACACUCGCAAUGGCAGCGACGGAAUUCUGAUUCCGGUCUCCAACUGGACCCUGCAUCCCAGCUUCGACUACAUCACCGUCGACUACGACAUCGGAGUACUCAUCCUGGAUUCGCCCUUGAAUCUAACCCGCUUUGGCAUUCGCGCCAUAGGCAUUCGACCGGAGCGUCCGGCCGUUGGUCGCUUGGCCACAAUCGCCGGCUGGGGCUAUCGUGAGGAGGGGGGCCCCAAUAGCUACCGCCUGGAGCAGGCUCAAGUGCCGAUCGUCAGCUCGGAGGAGUGCAACCGGAUCUACGGCAGCGGCGAAGUCUCCGAUCGGAUGAUGUGCGCUGGCAAUGUGGCUCAGGGCGGCAUAGACGCUUGCCAAGGCGACACUGGCGGUCCAUUGGUCAUCGACGACCAGCUGGUGGGCCUCGUUUCCUGGGGACGCGGCUGUGGCCGUCCUGGCUACCCCUCCGUCUACACCUACGUCGCCAGCCUGAAGAGUUGGAUCGAUGAUACCCUGGCGGCCAGUGGGGUGCAAUAAACAAAUGGAAAUUCCAAGGUAUUCGCUGACUGCUGACUGGCCGCAAUCGACGUUAUCUUCAAGUGGCUAAUGCCGAGCUCCCAAUGUACACGGCUAAUUCAAUUAUAAAACUAUAAUAAAACUAACAAAA